UGACAGCUAAAGGCCUCAACAUUCACUUUGCCUCCAGUUUCUCACAUCAAGCAGCAAGCAGAUUCAGCUGAAGAAUGAGAAAGUGUCUGUUGUUCCUGUACUUGGCUGGUCUCUGGGCUGGAGCUCAAACUAGUGAAUGUGUCCGAGAGCUCAGAGAAGAUGUGGACUUCCCCGGCAGUGAUGUUCUUCAGAUCUUGACUCCAGAUGCACGUCACUGCCAGCUGGCCUGCACCCAGCACCACAUGUGCUUGUUCUUUACCUUCAUUCGAUCUGAUUGGAACAGAGACAAUCGACAGUUUUACUGCUACCUGAAGCACACGGAUUCGGGGGCACCACUGAUAGUCAGCGGCUUGAAGGGGGUCACCUCGGGCUUCUCACUCAGACAUUGUCCUGAUAAACAGGGAGAGGUCUGCCUCUCUACAGUGUACAAUGAGGUGGACUUCUUCGGAGAGGAUUACCUGACCAUGUUUAUGGACAGCUACGUGGAGUGUCAGAAGGCGUGUACAGUGGACCCAGCGUGCCAGUUUUUCACCUACACCACAGAUAAUUUUUCCCCCGCUAAGUACCGAAAUAAGUGCCAUCUAAAGUAUAGCAGGACACUCCCAACGCCCCCUGUGGUCAAAGUGGGGAAGGACAUGGUGUCUGGCUUCUCUCGAAAACUCUGCAGCCUGUUUAGCCUUGACAGAGAGUGCAGGUCAAAGAUCCUAAAGGAUAUCGACUUUCCCGGAAAUGACAUUGAGCAAGUUCCGGCCCCCUCGCCCGAGCACUGCCAGAUCCUGUGCAGGGCCCAUCCUCGAUGCACCUUCUUCUCGUACACCACUGCCAGCUACGAGACAACCUCUGAAAAGUAUAAACUGCUUUGCUUUUUGAAGCAUAAUGUAGAGGAGCGACCUUCUGCUCACAAAGAUAACGUGAUGUCUGGGAUGCCAGCUCGUUUCUGUCAGCCUUCAAAUGCCUGUGCGACACUUACAUACAAGAACAUAGAGUUUAUGGGGGCCGACAAGAAGGUUGUGAAGCUGGACAGUCCUGCGACGUGUGAAGAGGCUUGUACAGCUGACCCAGACUGUCAGUUCUACACUUUUGUCUACAAUACCAUCACUGCCAGGUCAGUGCCAGCUUACCCAAAGUGCUACCUAAAGCAGCUCAUUACAGUUCCUUUGCCGCCACAAAUAGCCCUUAAGAAGGAUGUGGUGUCUGGAUUCCACCUGAGGAACUGCAAAUUGACAGACAGAGCGAUCGUAAAAUCGCCGUCAGAGGACUUAGCAGGGUCUGUUGAAGGUCCCAGGUGUGGCUUGGUUCGGAACACCAAGGAGAAGGUGCUGGGGGGUCGUGACGCAGCCCCUGGCGCCUGGCCUUGGCAAGUCUCCCUGCAGCUGAAGCACAGAUCGGGUAACAGCCACAUAUGCGGAGGGUCCAGUCUCAGCCCGCGCUGGAUCAUUACCGCUGCUCAUUGUCUGGAAAGUACUAAUGCAUCGGACUACAGAAUAUCAGCUGGAGUGGUGAAAUUGUCAGAGGCAACACAGUCUCACGCGGUGGAAUUCAUGAUCAAAAGUGGGAUCUUGGUUCGCCAGAAGCUGUCACCAGGGCUGACCCAACGCGAUUCAGGGCCCACAGCAAAAUUUGAUCAACCUAGUUGUCAUUUGUCAUCUUCCUUCUCGUUCGCACAGGCUGGUUAUAUGGGGCGCCCCCUGGUGGCUGCUGGGCCCUAAGCAGCCCCUUUGUUCACUUAUGCAUUUGGACGGCCCUGGCUGUCAAUGACUGAGAGCUUAACAAGGGGUAAAGUCUUUGCUUGAGGCAUUUAUACUCAUAAAAUCUUUCGUCGCACCAGAAGUUCACCAAAAGCCCAGUUAAUCACAGGAACCAAAUCUGCACAGGUAGAGUGUUCUAACAUUUAUCCUUCUGCAAACUGCUGAUGCAGAGGGGAAUCCUCCCUCUUUCGCUGUUGUCCUUUGGGAUGCCCGUUUAAAAUGGCCUCACUUCCUCCACCUUGGUUUUUUCUUUUUUGCUGCUUGGGAAACUUGAAACUACCUCAUGCAGAGUCUCUUUCAAGGUAACUUAUGGCAGAUCCCGCCUGAGUAGUUACUGUAAGCAGACGCCCCAUUUUGCGGGCAGUGCAGUGACACUGGGCAGGAGCACAUCUGCCUAACGUGUUCCACUCGUCUCAUUCUGCUUAACCCAUAACUGGAUCGGCAUGGAUGCUCCAGUGCUGGCUUUUAUUCCUGCAGCUCCGCAGGGGUCCAUUUCCCUCCCAGAUAAACGGUGUCGACACCUGUCAGGUACAGUAGGGGCGUGGUCCGGUCACCUGACCAUUGCCAAGGAAAAGGUCAAGGGUCGCAGCUCGCAGAGACACCAGCCUGGAGUGACGCCAUGAUUACUCUGACACCCAGUGAGACUCGGGGGGGGGGGGGCCGCUGGUGUGCCAGGCCAAGGGCAGGUGGUACCUGAUGGGCGUCACCAGCUGGGGGGACGGGUGUGGUGAAGCAAAAAAGCCGGGGGUGUACACCCGUGUGGCCAGCUACUUCGACUGGAUCCAGAACGGCAUCUCCUGCUGAUGACAGAGAUAGCAGAACAGAGAGUCGCCAUGUGUCACCGUGAUGCAGUGAGGGGCCGCCCUGGGGUCCUAGAUACCUGCCUGCAGCUUUGCUCUCUCCUAGCCACAGAAACCUGGGAGAUUAAGGUGUGUUCAGCAGAAACAACCAGCCAUCAUGAGCGGAAUAUUUUUCACAACUCUUUUCAAGUUCUGUAGGUUCACUUCCCUUUGUCAAGCCUACCUUACAAAUUUUAAUAAAAAGAUUGUAUAAUUUUA